AUGACCUCCCGCGCCAUCAUCCCCCGCUUUCUUCUCCCUCUCCAGGGCCCUCUAUGGCGUGGUAUCAGCAUCCCGCUCUCGCAAAACAGCAUUCGAAUUCGCUUCGCCUCUUCGUCCGCAAAGGACAAGCCUAUCGUUCUCGAGAAGCCCGCCCGCUUCAAUCCUCCCUCCCACGGCUCUCGUCUCAAGAAGAACCAUGUGCCCAAGCACUAUGGUCCUGACCUGACCGCUACCGAGGUCGCCGCCCAGGGCAAGAAGCAUUAUCCUGGCAUGAUGGCCCCCGAGGGGUCGUGGGAGCACUUUUUCUGGCACAGCCGACUGCUGCAUACCUUCAUCACCAUGGGAACCCUCUUCGCUCUCGGCGUCUUCACCUUUUUCAUGAACUACGCCUACAACUCUCCUUACAAGGAUUUCGUCCCUCCCAUCUCUGACCUCUGGACGCACCCCAUCCACUUCUUUUUCGGCUGGAAGAACGUCAUCGCCCUUCACGAGCAGGACAAGGCCGAGAAGGCCAAGGAGCACCGCACCAACCACCUCGACGAUGUUGCCAAGCGCCGACUUUUUAUGAAGAUGCAUGGAAUCGAGGCAAAGGAUCCUGUUACUGUUGUGUUUGGCAAGAGUGAGGAAGAUCCCAAGCCAGAGCAGCCAGCAGCUUUGGAGGUAGCUACCUUGCCUCAGCCCGAGGCACAAGAGAAGAUUGAAGAGUCGAAGAAGAAGUGGUUUGGCGUCUUCUAA